AUGGCCAACAAGAUUCAAAAGGAGUUCAUAGCCGAGCAUGAAUCAAAGAACAAGUUGAUCAGGUGCUUGAGCCAGUUCCCUUGGGAAAGACAGUUUCGAUCUGCGUAUACGAACAAUCUAUUCAAGAAAGUGCAGGAAGAAAUAUCUUGUAUGUUGUACUGCCAUAUUGUAGUUGAACAAUAUGACCAAACGAGUGGGGUUGAAAAAAUAUCGGUGCAUGAGAAGAGCAAGGUUAAUGAAUUCUACACGAGAGACUUCACGUUCACAGUGGAUUAUACGGUUGAUGGGGAAUAUUUUUCUUGUAAUUGCAAGAAAUUUGAAUUUAUGGGACUAUUAUGUUGUCACAUACUAGUUGUGUUGAGCAAGAAAGACGUCCAAUCUGUAAAUGAACGGUAUCUUCUACGUCGAUGGAGAAAGGACAUAUACAGACGUCAUUAUAGCAUAAUUUUUGCUGGAGGAUACCCGCACAUGACAGAAAAGUACAAGAAAUUUCAAGACGUCGAGAGGGUAUUCCAGGAAUGUGUUGAUAGUGCCAUUUCUAGUACUCAGAAGAUGGAUUUUCUUAAGCAACGAAUGGAUGAAGUAAAGGAUGAGUUGUUGCAAUUCGAUCAACCACCAGUGGGAGAGAGUACCAAUGUAUCUGCAAGGACAAAUGGUGUCGAUUCCGUUGGAGGCACGCCAAUAUUAAAUCCAAAAGUUACUUGUGCUCAUGGAAGGCCGAGACAAAAUCGUUUCAUCUCAGCUAGUGAAGUCAAUCGAGGUCGAAGAGCCACAAGAGGUAGGGGCAACUUGGGACGUGGUAGGGGCAACUCGGGACGUGAUAGGGGUAACUCAGGACGAGAACGAAAUAAAUUUUGA